GCGAGCGCAAACCUACCUAGCAGGUGUCCAGGUCCGGGUCCGAGCGGCACCGACCGAGCACCUUCGCAAACCCCUCAACCCUCGCCGCCGCCGCGCCGGCCGCUCAGCCCCCGCCGCCGACGCCAUGGGCAAGUUCCGCAAGCUCGGGCGCCACGCCGCGCACCGCGUGUCCAUGCUCAGGACGAUGGUGUCGCAGCUGGUGAAGCACGAGCGCAUCGAGACCACCGUCGCCAAGGCGAAGGAGGUGCGGCGCAAGGCGGAUCAGAUGGUGCAGCUCGGCAAAGAUGGUACACUGGAUGCAGCAAGACGUGCUUCUGCUUUUGUUCGCGGAGAUGAUGUUGUCCAUAAGCUGUUCACAGAGCUGGCCUACCGCUAUAAAGAUCGAGCAGGCGGAUAUACAAGACUUUUGCGAACUAGGAUACGAAUAGGUGAUGCUGCACCAAUGGCAUACAUUGAGUUUGUGGACAGAGAGAACGAACUCCGAGAGGCCAAACCUGCAACGCCGCCGCCGCCUCAGCGGGUUCCACUUGAUCCAUGGGCCAAGUCUCGUGCUAGCCAACAGUGGGCAGGACCUAAAGUUACCGUGAACCCCAAAUCAGAAGGCUUAUGAGAGCAGCAUCUGCACUGUGUUUCUAUCUGGUGAAUCACAGUAUUCAUUUCGUUCGUGGGACUAUGCACGAGGCUUGUCAUGCAGGAGGAUUUUUGUCAGCGUAUAAUUGUCAAUAGAAUAAUUCAACUUAGAUUUGCUAUCCCUCCAGCGAAUAUUGAUAUAUGAUUGAAUGGGGAUGCGGUGUUAUCCGCGCGACAGUAUGGCACAAGAAAUGUUGUGUUGGUUUGGUUUUUCCUAUUGCUGAUGUAUCAUGAAAUGUUUGAAGAAUUACCCAGGCAAAUUCGAGCCUGGAUCUCAGGUCUUUCACGGCCUCCAUAAAAAAUCUCUCGGUUAAUUGCUUGCUACUGAA